AUUUUAAAACCAGGGUAAUACUGUAAUUUAGAAGCGCGCGGUAAACUACGGCGUAAUGAGUGAAUAUUAAGUGAGACAGAGAAGAUGAAUGAAAAUCAGAGGAGCUAAGAAGCAACAGUGAGACAGAGAGAGAGAAUGGAGUGACACUCUACCCGCCCAACCAACUCAAGCAACAGGGCAAAUCUCUCUCUCUCUCUCUCUCUUCUUUCACUUUGCUACAACCUUCUCUGAUUUCUCUGCAUUCUUCACAUUUGGUUUUGGUAUCUUGAAAAGUGUCGGUGCAAGCAUUGGAUCUUGGAUCCCAGAAUUGGAGUCGAUGAUGAAUUAAUGCCGACAAGGAGGAGAGAGAAUAUUGUGGAGUUAGACUGAUAGGAUGGCUAGUGCUGAUGCUGAACAAGCCUCCAGCUGCCCCGACCCCGCCGAGGAGAGGAUCUUGGUGUCCGUUCGUUUGCGUCCUUUGAAUCACAAGGAAACUUGUAGGAACGAGCCACUGGAUUGGGAAUGCAUCGAUCAUACCACUAUUGUUUACAACAACAACAACUUAUCUCCUGAGCGAUCACUCUAUCCAAAUUCCUUUACAUUUGAUGCUCUGCUCAUCAUCCUUAUACUGGCAAUUGCUUUUGAUUUAGAUAGGGUGUUCAGGUCUGAUUCCUCCACAAGGCAGGUGUACGAGGAAGGAGCAAAAGCAGUUGUUCUUUCAGCUCUCAGUGGCAUCAACUCAAGUGUUUUUGCAUAUGGUCAAACAAGCAGUGGUAAAACAUUUACCAUGUCUGGGAUAACAGAAUAUACUAUGGAGGACAUAUUUAACUACAUAUACAAGCACAAAGAAAGAGACUUCCACUUGAGGUUCUCUGCUAUGGAGAUUUACAAUGAAUCAGUUAGGGACCUCCUCACAGCAGAUAACAGUCCCCUUCGCCUUUUGGAUGACCCAGAGAGAGGUACGGUGGUUGAAAAACUUACGGAAGAGGUUCUGCAUGACUGGAGCCACUUCAAAGAACUUCUUGCCAUGUGUGAAGCACAAAGACAGAUAGGAGAAACUUUUCUGAAUGAAGUAAGCUCGCGAUCUCACCAAAUUCUCAGAUUGACAAUUGAAAGUUCUAAUCGUGAGUUUUUAGGCAAGAACAAUUGUAGCACCCUUGCAGCUACUUUGAAUUUUGUUGAUCUUGCGGGAAGUGAACGUGCAUCACAAGCGUUAUCUGCUGGAUCAAGGUUAAAGGAAGGAUCACACAUAAAUCGUAGUUUGUUAACAUUGGGAACAGUUAUUCGCAAACUGAGGUGCAAGGGACAAACUGGUCAUAUUCCUUACCGAGACUCUAAGCUCACCCGCAUUCUGCAAUCCUCUCUGGGAGGCAAUGCUAGAACUGCCCUCAUAUGUACCAUGAGUCCUGCACGUAGUUAUGUUGAACAAUCAAGAAACACACUCCUUUUUGCAAGUUGUGCAAAAGAAGUUACUACUGAUGCACGUGUCAAUGUUGUCAUGUCUGACAAAGCCUUGAUGAAGCACUUGCAAAGAGAACUGGUGAGACUUGAGGGUGAGUUAAGGAAUGCAAGCCCCUCUACCAGAUCUGAUGCUACUGACCAGUUAAGAGAAAAAGACUAUAAAAUAGAUGAGUUAGAGAGAAGAGUGAAAGAGCUGACUGUGCAGCUGGACCUUGCUCUAUCACAGAUUCAAAACUUGCAGCAGGGGAUUAGAGAACGAAGACCAUUUGAGGAAGAUUCUUCUUACCCUAAGCUGCAUGUUCGACAAGCUUCAGAACACUCCUCUUCCUUUACGACUACUAUGGUGGAUCAUAACUCCUUAAGUGCUCAUUCUCUGACUUUCAACCCCCUUGAGUCUCCAGAUAGACAGAGUAGACUUAGUUAUGAUGAAAACUAUUCAGUUUCUGAUAUUGAUGAAAACAACUCCCCAAGCAGCUCGUUUGAAGGGGUUUUUAUUGAGAAACCUUUUGAUGCCUCCCUGGCCAUGCAUAUCCAGACUACUAUUGUCAGUGGAAAUGACCAUCCUCGAGUUCCCAAAGGAUUUGAAGAACAAACAAAUGACUUUCCAGAAGCUGAUCAAAACAGAGUAUCUGAGGAAACAGGGGGCCGAGCACCAAACUCCUUUGAAAUUGAUCUGCACCACAUGACUGAGGAAAUUGGAGAGGAAGCGUCUAAUACUUUUGAACUAUGUCUCCAGCAUGUUUCUGUUGGAAAUGAAUCCCAAUUCCCCAACUUUGUCGAAUUUGAUCCGUACCAAGUUUCUGAAAAAAAUGGAGAGAAAACCCCCAACUCCUAUGAAUUUGAUCAGUACCAUGUUGCUGAGGGAAUUGCGGAGAAAACCCCCAACUCCUGUGACUUUGAGCAGUACCACGGGUCUGUGGAGACUGCAGAGAAAACCCUUAACUCCUAUGAAUUUGAUCAGUACCACCUCUCUGAGGGAACUGCAGAGACAACCCCCAACUCCUAUGAAAUUUAUCAGUACCACGACUCUGAGAGAAUUGCAGAGACAACCUCCUACUAUGAUGACAUUAAUCCACAACAAGCUUCGGAGGCAGUUGGGGAACAAAUUGAUAAUAAUUUGGAAAAACACUGCAAGGAAGUUCAUUGCAUAGUAUCUGAAAAUGUACUUGGCAAUAUAUGGGCUCCAGAAGAGGAAAGAAAAUCAUUAUUUUUAUUGGGUUGUGUGAAUGAUAGUUGCACAGACAAGGAGCCAAAAGAACACAGUGAAUUGGAUAACAUGAAUUCGUCUUCUCGUCAGGAUUAUGAAGAACCUGGCAGACAGCUAAUGAAUGGUGUGCCUAAAAUUCAGAAUUUGAAUGGUGUAGAGAAUAGUUCUCUAUCCAAUGAUGUAAGUAUCUCAUCUCCAUCAUCACUAGUCGAUGUCAAGUAUAAGAUAAAAUAUGAGAGUGGAGAUGGAGAGGUUUUCACACUCGAUGAUAGCAACGGGAAGCUUUCUGCACUGAAUAAUAAUAAUGACUAUAAAUUACCUCAGAUUUCUAUUGGAGAUGUGGGUCUUGAUGAAACUCAAGUUGCAGAUGUUAAUGUAUCCAAUCACAUGGAUAAAACUGAGAACCAUACAUCUGUUUCAAUCAAAAAAGAAGUUACCAGGGGCAAGUCUAUGGAUCAAGUUCAACUUCAAAAAUUGCAGGUGGAGGAUACUUUUCAGAAGGCAAAUAACUCUAUAAAAAACAUGAAAGAUUCUGGCUUGAAUCCUAAAGAUGAUUUGUGUGAUAGUUCUCUUUGGUCUGCAGAUGUUAAGAGACUACAGAGGGAGAUAAUUGAUCUCUGGGAUUCCUGCAACAUUUUAUUAGUACACAGAACAUCUUUUUUCCUUCUUUUUAUAAAGGGUGAUCAGGCAGACACAAUUUACAUGGAAGUAGAACGUCGAAGGCUCUCGUGCAUAAACAAUGCAUUUUCUUGGGGCAAUUCUAUUGUCUUAGAUGGUCGCCAACUGACACCUGGUUCAAGUAGACGGUCUCUCCACAAAGAGAGGAAAAUGUUGACCAAGCUAAUGAAGCGAAGGUUCUCUAGCCAAGAGAGAAUGGAUCUGUAUGUGAGAUGGGGCAUCAAUUUGGAUAGCAAAAGGCGGAGCUCACAACUUGCACAUCUCCUUUGGGCCAAUACCGUAGAUAUGGACCAUAUCUUGGAAAGUGCCAAAAUUGUAGCUAAACUGGUUCGGUUGAAUGAACCCCAGGUGCCUAAGGAAGUUUUUGGCCUUAACUUGUCGACAACCCAGGUGCGGAGGAAAUCAUUUAGUAGCAAAAUCUUAGCCGUCCCUUGUAAGAACACUUUUAUGGAUGGCAAUCAUUGAUAAUACUUCUCUAGGUAAUUGUAAAUAACUAAACUUAGACAUGUCCUUUGUAUCGCAGACAUGUACAUUUUGGUGUUGAGUAAUCACAAGCUUUUGUAAAAUUAUUCCCAA